AUGCUUACCCUUCCUCGGAACAAGUCGUUCGCGAUGUUGAAGUACAUAAACGAUCAUUACAUCAGCGAGUUCGAGUGGUUCAUGAGAGUCGACGAUGACGUGUUUAUCAAGCCCGACCGCCUGGAGGUAUUCCUCCGCUCUGUAGAUAGUUCCAGACGUCUCUAUUUGGGUCAGCCGGGGCUUGGCGUCCCGGCAGAGCGAGGAAAGCUCGGGUUACGUGAUGACAGUUUCUUCUUCUGUAUGGGAGGUACGGGGAUAGUUUUCACGAGGGACACGUUGAGACUAACAGCCCAAGGGUUCGAGUCGUGUCUCCGGCACACCUACUCGCAACAUGAAGACACUGAGCUCGGUAGAUGUGUUGACGAACUUGUUGGAGUGUCAUGCAGCGUCGCCUAUGAGUUUUCGAAAUUGUUCUAUCAAAAUCGAGCGGACAGAAAUGGUUCAUUUGGAGGUGAACUGGACAAAAACGCAGUUCUGUCAUUGACCCUACAUCCCGUGAAACAGUCGGAACACGUGUACAGGCUGCAAAACGUCUUUAACGUCAGACGAUUGUUACGUCUUAAAGAGACAAUAUCUCGUCUAGAAAACACUAUCGUAACCAUAGACAACAAACUUUCAAAAAUCAUGCACAAGAAGCCAAAGGGGAAAAGUCAGAGACGAUUGCACAAACGAAGUGCAAAACCAAGAAUUACCAAUAAUGGGACAGACGAUAUUUGGAAUAUUAUCCGAUCUGGACUGAUACAUGCACGUACCCAUCCGUAUCAAAAUCCGUACGAAACUAUAGAGAGAAGGGGAAGACAAUUAAGAAUUAACGAAACCCUUUCGGGUUUGAAGAAGUUACUACCAAAUUCAGAAUGCGAUAAACCCGUUUUCUAUUACGAAAAAAUAAGCCCGAAUGUCGGGGUAGAACACGUAGUGGUGACAGGAAACCAGUCUUCGUAUAAACCGUAUGUGGCCAUGCAGCGUUUCCAACGACCAGAAGUAAUCGAAAUUCAGACCGAAAAUAAAAUUCGAGAUAUCGUCGUGUAUAUGAUACUACCAGUAUAUCGAAGGCCGAAACAGUUCGCCAACUUCCUGACAUCGUUGUAUACCGCCGCUUACCAAUACCGCGGCAAGAUCCAUCUCAGAGUUGUCGUGUACAAAGACAUUAACAGAGAGUAUUUAUUAUGUCUGAAUCGUUUUAAUGCUUUCAAGGGUUUAAGCGUGAAUCUGACGAGUGAACUGUUUCUGCUGUCGGGCCAGUACUCGAAGGUGAGAGCAAUGAACAGAGCUGUGCAAGGUCUACCUCUAGACUCGCUGAUCCUGUUCAUGGACGUCGAUAUGAUCUUCACAGCUGGCUUUCUAGACAAAGUGAUUCUCAACACGAAGCGAGGCAAGGAGGCCUUCUUUCCCGUCUCCUUCUCCCUGUACGACCCGAAAAUAGCCUGCCGCGGCAAACCUGGCUGUCGCUUCGAGAAAGACAGUUUCGAAAUUCACCAAGAUCGCGGAACGUGGCGCCAUUUUGGUUUUGGCAUAGUGGGAAUCUACAAAGACGACUUCCUGCGCGUUGGAGGCUGGGAUUCCUCGAUAGUGGGCUGGGGGAAGGAGGACACUCUCUUCUACCAGCAGUGUUUCAGCUACGGGUUUCCGGUUUUCCGCUCCAUUGAGCUGGGAUUGGUGCACGUGCACCACGUGAAAUACUGUGACGUCAGCCUGCCUAACGACCAGUACAAAAUGUGUCUCAUGUCCCGGGCCCAGAUGUACGCGUCACAGACCGUGUUGGCUAAUAUCGCCUUUCACAUGAUGUCAGAUGUACGCGUCACAGACCGUGUUGGCUAA